AUGCCGGGGUGCGAUAGGCGAGCCGCCACGUCGGGAGCUGCCCGCGGCUCCUGCGCUGCUCUAUCGAUGCUUCGUGCAGCGCGGGGGCCGCCGCGGCCUCUUGGGGAUGGCUUCCCAUCUCGGUGGAGCUGUUGGAAGCUUCCUGCAUAUUGGAGCAGAUCCGGAGAGGGGACGUGCUGCUCCGAUGAGGAGCAUGGUGUGGAUCCCACUGCAUAUGCACAGUUGAAGAGGGAAGCUGGGAACCAGGUUUUAAAAAAUGGAAAUUACUCUUUGACCAUCAAAAACUAUGAUGAAGGUCUACAAAUGCUUGGAUAUUUAAUGCAAGGUGUCCUGUGUUCCUGGGACAUAGCUGUGUUGUUCGCAACUGCCUUGUACUACCUGGGCAGAUGGAAGAAUUCAAUGGUUUUAGCCCACCAAAGCUUACAGUGGGAUAUGGAGUAUGUUUAUUACAGAGCUGGCCACUCAUUCAUCAUGUUAUCAAAGUCUUAUCAGGUAGUUUCUAUGUUCCAUAAAGGUCUGGUUCUCCUGAAUUCUGCAGAUCAAUCUCAUAUUGCUGAGUUUAUAGCAGGAAUCUGCAUAAGUGUUAAUGGUGAAUGAAUCUUGUCACCAAAUUUCCACCCUGCGUAUGAUUAUAUUUUCAGUGCAUAUUUUGAUGCACUGAUUUGGCAAGCAGUGGUAGAAAGGUUGGCCCAGAAAGGGAAGUGGCGGGCUUGUCUGUUGUUGUUGUCUGAGAAGCAAGAGUUGCCCUGUGAUCUCAGAGUUUACCAGGUAUCUCUGAAGAAUCUCUUUGAGACUUCUGAUACAUAUGGUCAUGGUGAGAAGCUGUAGGAAGUAGCCAAGUUAGUGAAGUGGCUGAUAUCCAUUGGAGUGAAGGCUGAGUCCAUUGGACUGUAUCUGCUGCAUGCUGUUAUCAGACUAUGUAUCAAAGCAACAAAGAACCAUCUCUUCAGAUGGUUACUGGCUUGGAGGCCAGAGCUGAAGGACAGGAUCAAUCAGAAAGGAGAUGGACAGACCUUGCUGCAUAUUGUGGCCUCUUCCAGUGAAUAUGUGCAGAAAUGCAGACAAACAGAAGAUGUGAUCAUGCUCCUGAAUUUUGGUGUUGAUCCCACUGUUCCAGAUGCAUGGUCAAGAUAUGUCAUAGAUACCUUGAAAAAGAAGAAAAAUUUUGAUGCUCUAAAAGAAGUCAGCAAGCACAUUGAGAAACGCGCUUCCUCUGGGAAACAGACAGGAGAGAAUCAAAGUGCCACAGCUGAUACAGAUUCUUUCCAUGAUGUUCUGGAACUGUUUGUCCAGUUAUAUAGGUGUGAAAAUGGAGCACAUAAUAAAAAUGUAUUGAAGGAAGAUGCAAUUAAGUCUGAAGUUCUGAAAUGGUUGUCUUCUGUAAAAGAAAUCCCUGAAGAAACCUCAUGCAACAUCUCCAGUGCCUGUGCUAACAGCUUCAUAAAACAGUUGCUGGGGAAGCAAAUGAGGCACAAAGUUUUGCUGCUUCUAACAGGGAAAGCUAGUGCAGAAAAUCCAUCACGUGGAAGACUCUUCAAAACCUGCAGUCUUUCAGAUGUUGACAUUGGCAACAUUAUCCAACAGUUUGAAAGACUGGAUGCGCAAGUGCACCUCAUAAGAUGCUUGCUUGAGCGAGGAGCUCUGCCUGAUGGUAUUGGGACCAGCUCUGAAAUACCACUGAAAAUAUGCCUCAGAAAGAAUAAUUUUGACAUGGCAUAUUUGCUGCUGACCAAAGGCGUAGACCCUUGAAACCUAUCUGUUUCACAAGGAGAUACUCCUUUGCAUGCUGCAGUUUUCAUCUGUUUGAAUAAUAAAGAUGGCCCUGGUUUAAACAUCCUGAACUAUCUACUUGACCUCUUUGAUUCAAGGCCAUCUGCCUUUCCAUAUCUUAAUCCAAACAUACGAGAUGACAAUGGAAAUACAGUGAUGCAUAUUGUUUUCUAGAGAGGAUUUUCAAAGCAGACUAAGAGAAUAACAGAGUUAUUGGCAAAAUUUGACACUUACUUUAACAUAAAAAACAAAUCGGGAAAAGAUGUGAUGCAUAGAAUUAAAAAGAGAGAUCUACUGCUAGAAGCCUGGAAUAAUGCUGCACAUGAGAAGAAGAGGAAUCGCUAAGAUGGAGCAGGGCAGUUGGUUAAAACAUCUAAACCCAUUCCACCCUCUGAGAUUUCACAGUCAAAGACCAUGGGGCGUUCUUCAUCUGGGCUGCUAAAGGCACCAUCUGGCAACACAGUGCAUAAUGAUUUAAAAACCCUGUGUUCCACAAAAACAAACAAAGGUCAGUUGGCAAAGCAAACAGAAGGAAUAAACAGCCCCUUACCACUGCAGGAAAGUCUAGUGCAGGCAAUCACAGCUUUAAUUCAGCAAUUGAAAGUGAUCGACACCCUGAAAAAAAAACCUUUGGUGCAAAAGACAUCUUCAGCCCAAACUCAUUUGGAAGAGGGAAGGAGUUCUAACCAACUCCCAACAAGUUCCUUGCAUUCUUGUGGAAGCAUAGCUCAUUCUGAAAGAAAAGGGGAUGUGAGAAAAAAGGUAACAGGGGAAUUUAGUAUGGCCUUGCCCAAUGGAGAGAAUGAAGAACUAGAGGAAGAAAAGGGGAAGAGUCUGGAUAUUGAGGCAUAUGUGCAGGAGUUUGAUAACAUGACUUGGGAAAUAGAGUGCACUCUGGAAAUGCUGAAGACUUUGAGCAGUAAAGCUGUACCUCAUUAUCUGAAAGCUAAAACCAUAAUGACAAUUAAGGAGCUUGGCAAUGGGGAAUGAUCUAGGGGCCUGCAGAAGCCACUGAAACACUUGAAAGCUGAUAUCAGCUGAUAUCAGCAGUAUGAAGCAAAACUGGGCAAAGGAAGAAUGCUAUGGGAAUUUGCCAUUGACUUUUCUCCUCAUUGCAGUGAGAGUCCAGAAAAGAUCAUGGAGAGAGAACAGACAAAAAGUAAUCUAGAAAAAUCAGGUAGAGUUUGCACAGAAAUAAUUAGAAUUUGGGCCAUUGUUCUUGAUUGCUGCAAGCUGAGCUGUGCCUUAGAAAAUAUAUGCAUUUCCUACAACCGUGGCUUAUCCUGCAUUUUGAGGAAAAAGCUCAAGGGUAUAAACGAAGGAUAUCAGAACAGUGUGACAACACAGAAGGGUGUUCCACGUUGUUACAUUGAAGACAUGGAGGCAGAAAAAUCAAAAGAACAUAGCAAACCUGAGUAUUUCCCUCCAGCUAGUGCAGCAGAACUGGAAUACAAUAUAAUGAAGUUUCACAGCUUCAGUAUUAACAUAGCAUUUAACAUUAUAAAUGAUGUGCAGUCUUCUGUUGAUUACCGUUUCCUUGGGGAGUUGGAGUACACUGUGAUUGAUCUCAAUCCAAAGCCUAUGGAACCAAUCAUUUUAAUAGGGCGAAGUGGGACAGGGAAGACAACUUGCUGCUUAUAUAGGCUUUGGAAGAAAUUCUAUUCAUGGAAGCAGAGACAGUGCAGUGAUGUUGAAAAAGCUAGUUCAGGGAAGGAAGAGAGUGAACUAAAACAUGAGAGUGAUUAUUCGAGUGAGGAGCAGGUGAGCGAUGAACAAAACCAGGGCUGCAUGGAUGAAAAGGUUCCUGUAGGCACAGCUGAUGCAAAAAUAAAUUCAUGUGGUGAGGAUGAAGAAGACCAAACAUGUAGUGCAGAAUCAUCAAGUAGGCUGGAGCACCCACACCAGAUCUUUGUAACAAGAAAUCAUGUCUUGUGCUGAGAAGUUCAGAAGAAUUUCAUUGAACUUAGCAAGUCUUCCAAGGUAACUAGUCACUUCAAGCCUCUGGACCCAAAUAUUCACAGGCUACAAGACAUUAAAGAUGAAAUUUUUCCACUAUUUAUCACCUCCAAGUAGUUGUUGCUGUUACUAGAUGCAUCCACGCCCAACCCAUUUUUUCCAAGGAAUGAAGAUGGAAGUCUUAAAAGAGUGAUUGUUGGUUGGAGUCCUCAGGAAGACUUGGUUGUACCAAAUUGGCAGGAUGGGGAUAAAGAAGGUAAUCUUGAAGCAGAACGUGGUGAUGAUGGAAAAGCUGCAGAUGCGUGCUCUAAGGAAAGGGAUCUUUGGACUUCUGUGACUUACAAUGUAUUUGCAAAUGAAAUAUGGCCAAAAAUUAUAAAAGGUAAAAGCUUGUAGAAUUGAGCACUGGUUUGGAAAGAAAUAAAAUCAUUUCUGAAAGGGUCUUUUGAAGCACUGAAUUGCUUUGGGGGCAAGCUUACUGAUGAACAGUACAAAAAGCUAGGCUGAAAGAGAUCACCAAAUUUCAUGUAAGACAGGAAUGAGAUCUAUCACCUCUUCUAUCUUUAUCAGCAGAUACGAUCACAGAGAGGUUACUUUGAUGAGGAAGAUUUCCUGUAUAAUUUAUCUCAAAGGCUUUCAAAGCUCAGGGAGCUGCCAUAGUCUAUCCAUGAGUUUUGUGGUGAUGACAUACAGGAUUUCACGCAAGCUGAGCUAGCCCUGUUAAUGAAAUGCAUGAAUGACCCUAAUGCCAUAUUUUAUGGUGACACUGCCCAGAGCAUAAUGAAAGGAGUUGCUUUUCGUUUUAGUGACCUGAGCUCACUCUUUCAUUAUGCAAGCAAGAGCUCUGUGAACAAGAAGCAGUGUGUUAGGAAAUCCAAAAGGAUUUAUCAGUUGUACCAGAACUACAGGUCCCAUUCAGGUUAUCUCCAUUUGACAUCUGGAGUGGUUGAUUUGCUUCAGUAUUAUUUUCCAGAUUCUUUUGAUUACCUUCCUCAGGAUCAUGGUCUCUUUGAUGGGCCAAAAUCUAUUGUCUUGGAGUCUUGCAGUGUUAUCAACUUAGCAAUUCUGCUGGGGGGCUACAGAAGGAAAACACAACCCAUAGAAUGUGGAGCACCUCAGGUGGUAUUAGUGACAAAUGAAACUGCCAAGGAGAAGAUACCUGAGGAGCUUAGUUUGGCACUUGUACUGACAAUUUAUGAAGCAAAGGGCUUGGAAUUUGAAGAUGUCCUCCUUUACAAUUUUUUCACAGAUUCAGAGGCUAGCAAAGAAUGGAAGAUAAUUUCUUCUUUUAGUCUUGGUCUGGAUGUGCCAGUGGAAAGCAACUUGCUAAUUGAAGUGCCGUUAGAGGAGGCGACUGGUAUACAGGGAAGGACUCCAUUUAAUGUAGAAAUGUACAAGUUGCUGAAUGGAGAACUCAAGCAAUUGUAUACUGCAAUCACAAGAGCCAGAGUCAGUCUUUGGAUCUUUGAUAAAGACUGUGAUAAACAGACUCCACCUUUUAAGUAUUUCAUCAAAAGAAAAUUUGUUAAGGUUGUCAAAACAGAUGAAAAGAAAGACUUAGAUGACAGCAUGUUUGCUAAAACUUUAACUCCAGAAGAAUGGAUUGCACAGGGAGACUAUUAUGCCAAACACCAGUUCUGGGAGGUGGCUGCCAGAUGUUACCAAAAGGGAGGAGCAGCUGAGAAGUCAAAACUGGCCCUGACACACGUUGCUGUUCUCAAAGUGCAUGCAAAGAAAUGCAGCCCAAGGGAAAAACAGAUGGAAUAUAUGACAUUGGCUAAAAUGUACUUGCAAUGUGGAGAACCAAAACUAUCGCUAAAAUGUCUGAUUCAAUCAAAGGAGUUCUGUCUUUCUGCAGAAUUGUGUAAAAAAUUAGAAAAGAUGAAAGAUGCUGCAGUUUACUAUCAGAAAAGACAGUGCUACAAAGAGGCAUCUGAAUGUUAUGAACUAAUUGAGGAGUUUGAUCUGGCCAUUAAAAUGUAUUGUCAGGAAGAACUCUAUGAAGAAGCAGGAAAGGCAGUUGAAAGAUACAAAGCAAAAGGACAAAUGGCUUCCAAACUCUCCUGUACAGCAAAUCAGUUGUAUGUGGAAGCAGCUGCAAAGUACCUGAGUAUGAACAGGACUGAGGAAAUGAUGCAAGUCCUCUCAAAACUUGAUAUAGAGGAUCAGCUUGAGUUUCUGAAGUCUUAUGGAUAUUUGCACCAAAGAGCUGACUUACUGAAAAGGAAGGAUCGGCAGGAGGGGGCUGCAAAGUUAAUGAAACAACGUGGGUUUGUUCUGAAAGCGGCCAACCUCACAGCUGUAAAAGAGUUUUGUGCAUCGUGUUUGCUUGCUGAAGCACAUGCCAGGCUGAGUCGUGGUUCACAAUUGCAUAUGGGGAACGUGGAGAGCACCCUAAGAGAAGCCCUUGAACUUUGUGAACAAACUGAGCAGAAGUCUGGCACUGCUGAGGCUGUGCUUUUGCAGGGAGCUCAGAAAGGUGACUUCAUGAAGCUGAGCAACGCAUACUGUCAGUUCCUAUCUCUGAAUCAUUCUGCUGGUGCAGUUGAAGCUCUCUUUGCAUUAUGUCGCUGCAGCACUCCCAACCAGAACAUCCUCUUCAUGGCAACAUGUGGCUUAAUGGCUCUUCUGAGUCUUGUCAGCAGUCUGAAGAAAGCAGCCACCAAUUCAGAGAAAUAUAUGGUGAAGUUAUGCUUUGGCUAUUUUGGGAUUGUCCCAAUAGGUGACAGUCGCCAGAUGUCUCAAAAUGAAGCUGAACCCAUUAUCAAGUUUUUGUUAGACAAGUCAAGCCUAAAGAAGAGGAAGGCAAAAGGUGAUCUCUCAGUAAGCACAGAGAAAGUAAAAUCAGCUUUGAAGCAGCACUUGUUAAGCAGGUUGUACUUUAUCGCUCGUGAGUUACUGAGCAAGAGGUACCUUCAUAUUUGUAUGAGGUUCAUUGCUGGAUUGAACUGUGAAGAUGAAACCUGUGAGGGUUACCUCAGGCCCUUGCUGUGUCAUGAAGCAAAGACAAUAUUUCAGUGUAAAAUGCAUCUGGUGGCAAUAAAUGGACUAUUGUUGGAAGCCACAUGCACUUUCCCUGAAGAGCUACUAAAUCAGUGCAAAAGCUUUGAGGACAUUUUGACUUCUGACAAAUAUGCAUCAUGUAAAGCUCUCCUAGGAAUGUUUUUUCCUAACCAUUUUCAUUUGAGAAUACUGUCUGAGAACCCAAAGGCAUGCAAAGAAAUACUGCAAUUCAGUAGUGUUAUUUCCAAACCUUGUAGAGCAAUGUUGAAGAAGUACAUCACAUUUAAGUUUAAUAAUUAAGACAUUGCUGCCAGAGACUUGUGGCUAAGUGCUAUGAAGGUCCUUAUCUUAUCUUCAGGAUAUCCUGAAGAAUUUGAGAAACUUCUUUUUAAAGAAGAGGGUAAUUAUAACAAAGAGCUAAUGUUUGCUUUGGCAAAGGCAAAAAGUUGCCCAAAGAAUAAAGGCCAGGGAGAAAAGAUCAAAGGAACAGGGGGCAGACAGGGUAUGUUGCUACCUGGCAAAAAUGCCAAAAAUGCAGGAAGAACACACUUGUGCUUCAUUUGACUUCUUGAAAAUUCACUUGAGCAAUUCUAUGUUCAUAAGAACCCGGAAAGCUGUAAAAGAUUUUUUUUCCAUUUCAUGAAUGUCCUGAUCAAGAAAUGCACAAGGUACCUGAUUCCAAGCAUGGGAAAUACUGUGAUAUUGCUGGAAUUCCAGUAUAUUCUAUGUUGUGCUGUCCUGAUGCGUCUUGCCAAGAACAUUACUCUCUGCCUUCCAAAGAGUUACAUUGCUCUCCUUCAUUACUGGGAGUUUUUGUUCAGCCACAAGGACCGUUACAAAGAACUAGACACAUUUUCUAUUAUACAGGAGUAUAGACCAAAGGACACAAAUGUAGCUGUAUACUAUUUCAGAUCAUCUCAUCUCUGUUAUCUAGGAGAAGUCUUGUGUGGUGUUCGUGGAAGGUUCAAUAUCCUCCUGGAUGCAUUCAGGGAUCCUGACUGCAUAACUUUAGGGGAGGCUGAGCGGACAGUAGUGCUAUGCUUAGUGAUGUUACUGAAUGCUGACCAGGUGCAGAGUUCUAAAGAUAGAUCCGUCUUAUGCCACCUCUUUCCUGAAAUCAAGGCGAUGCUGGAAUCAAUGAGAAAAGACACUCCCUCUAAAGUACCUGAAGGACUGCUGAAGGUCGUGGAACAAGUGGGUAAUGUAAGAGAAGUUGCUGCACGCCUGCAAGAGCUGAUGACAGUGCAGGAUGAAGAGCACUUGGUUGACUGUUGCUGGAAGUGGGACACUGCCUACAUUCAGGGGCAUCCACCCAUAUAGGGCAUCCAGCUUGAACACAUAAACCUUGACAGAUUUAUAACUUCCUUGGAUGAAACACAAUAUGUUGAUGAGGUGGAAGAGGAAUUUGAAGAGGUUCAUUGCUUAAAGGACCAAAAGGAUCCCCUAGAAGUCAUUGCCCUCAGCAAGCAACAGAAGCAAGAACAGAAAGAAUCUGCUCAACAUCAGCUGUAUUGUGUGUUCCAUUUUAUUUCCCUAUAUAUGAAGUAGAAAAGGAAGGGCCACUCCAGAGUUCAUCCUGUUGUAAUGAAAGAAGAAGCAUUUUUAUCCGAUGUAUUCAAAAGAGCAGAUAUUGACCAAACCCAGUGUGACCUCUGUGGAGUCAGAUUCAUCCUAAAUUCUGAGAACUAUUUCAGCCAGUCAGAAAGCAUGGAGGCAGACACUUCUGAACCUCUGACACCAACAGAGAACAGUGGGGAAGAAAAGUUGCAUGCAGAAGGAAAUGCAGUUUCUGUGACCAGUGAGGCCUAUAUGGAGCAUAGAAACACAGAAGAACACACAAAUAACCAUGCUGCCUUAAGACACUAUGCCAAAUUUUAGAAGAUAGAUCCAAAAAUACAUGAUGAACUUGAAGCAGUGGAAGCCAUUACAGAAAGGGAUUACACCCGAGACCAUUUAGCAUAUAAAGAAGGUUCCAAGUUACACCAGAGGAAAAUCAAAGCGAAUAUUAAAAGAUUUUCAGAUGUAGUAGACGAAAUCUAUGAGAAAAAAGCCUGGGCUAAAGCUGAAGAAGUAAUGACCAUGCAUGCCAACAAAUUGGUUGACAUCACUGAUGACGCUCGUAUGUGGCUGACGCAAAUGGACUCUCACAGGAUAACAGAAGAAGGCUUGGUGCAUGACAAAGACUUGGAAAAUGAAGUGGAACAUGAAAUUAUGGCUUUUGAAGAACUUGUCUAUAAAAAACACUCAAGGAAAAAAGGAAGACAUGGGUAACUACAAAUAGAAAAAUUAUUCCAGAUGGCUGUUUUAUCCUCUUAACAAUCUAAGUUUAGAAUGAAAUUUUCUUUUUAAAAAUAAAGGGAUGGGAUCAGAAAUCAGAAGAGUCUGAAGAAAAAGAGCAACUUAUGCUGUGUUUUAUUAUUUUUUUUUUAUUGCUUGUAUUGUAUCAGAAUAAUUACCUAUGUCAUAAUAAUGUAAUUGUUAAAGCCUGUGACUGGACCAAUUUCCUUUCAAACCUAUGUGAUUGUUUAAAAGUAACAAAAGUCAAAGAAACAAGCAAGUAGAAAAAUAUUAAUGUUCUGACUUAUCUCAGGGGUAUUUUUCCACUCAGUCUUCUUUUCUUCUUCCUUGUAAAUUUGUGUCAUCAUUCUUCUGAGCUGGAAUCCUCAGAAAAAUAGGUUGAUAAUUUCUCUGAUUUAGGAGUAUUGGCAUGUUUAGAACUUUUUGAGAAUUCUGGUGAGAUAUUUACAGUA